CACAGAUAAAUGUAGCAUCGUUACACUACACAUGGACAACGUGCAUAAUAUUCGAUGCGAAUUGGAUUUGAUAGUUUCAGUAGCCGGUGAGAGCUGGGCGUAACAACGUCGCUCUUAGAAUUUCUUGCGCAAAAGCUAGAAGAAUGGCAUGGAGCUGGUUGACGUUUGUUGUGGGAGCAUUGACACUACUGAUUCUAUAUUUCGUAAACAUAUACACUUAUUGGAAGAGGCAUGGAAUUCCGACAGCGAAAGGAGUGGUACCAUACCUGGGCCAUCUGUUGCCUGUAUUGACUUUGAGGACAAGUAUCGCAGAAAUGGUUCGCAAGAUAUACGCAGAGAAUAAAAAUCACAGCAUGAUUGGAUUCUACAAAAUGAGAUCCCCGACGCUACUUAUCCGCGAGCCACAGUUGAUAAAGACCAUCUUACAGAGUAACUUCUCGAGUUUUCAUAAGAACGAUAUGGUGGUUCACCCCGAGUUGGAUCCGUUGGCAGCCAAGAACCCCUUCCUCACUGUCGGCGAUGUGUGGACAGUAGGAAGAAAGCGAUUCACCUACGCGUUUUCUGGCCUUCGAUUAAAAAUGCUUUUUGUCGCUGUAAACGGAGUGUGCAAAAAAUUCGAAGACUUUCUGGAAAAACGAUUGAAGCCGAGCGGCAAGUACGAAGUUGAAUUGAAGAAUCUGUUCUCAAGAUUCACAGGCGAAGUCGUGGCAAAUGCUGGUUUUGGCGUCGAGGGAUACUGCAUGGACGACGAGAUGCAUUCCAAGUCUUUCGAUCAACUUGUCAGAGGUAUGCUUCAGCCUGGUUGGAGGAACGCGCUUGCUCAUGCUGCCAUCGUCUUCAUACCUGAGAUCAGUAAAGUACUGAAGAUCGCUUUUGUGCCAAAGAAGGUUGACAGGUUCGUGAGGAACGUGGUUUCGGAAAAUCUGGAGAUGAGACGAAAGUCCUCGAUACCGAGAAACGACUUCCUCCAAGUGAUGAUCGAUCUUGAUAAAUCCGAAGGAAAGACGUUGGACGAGGAGCAACUCACAGCUGAAGCGCUUACUUUCUACAUUGACGGCUACGAAACGUCUAGCAUCACCCUCAGUUUCGUCGGAUACCAAUUGGCCACUCAUCCAGACGUUCAAGAGAAGUUGAGGAAUGAAGUUACAUCCACGAUUGCCAAACACGGCGGUACCUUAACGUUUGAUGCUCUCAAAGAUAUGACGUACAUGGACCAAGUGAUCAGCGAGUCGCAGAGAGUGUAUCCCGCAGCAGGCUUUAUGUCAAAGCAAUGCACAGAAGAAUUCGAGCUUCAAGGAUCUGAUGGAUUGUGUUUCCGAGUGAAACCUGGAACAUCGAUCUGUAUACCCGUUCACGCGCUGCACACAGAUCCCGAAUACUGGCCAGAUCCUCAAGUUUUCGACCCGGAACGAUUCAGCAACGACAGGAAGCAAUCUAUACAAAAAAUGACGUUUCUUCCUUUCGGUGAAGGUCCAAGAAUAUGCCUCGGAAUGAGGAUCGCUAUACUGCAGAUGAAAGCUUGCAUAGCUACUCUGGUGAGAAGCUACAAGCUCGAGUUGUCCCCAAAAACGCAGCUUCCCUUACGAUUAUCAGCAAAGUAUUUCUUGACCGCGCCUAUUGGAGGCUUAUGGGUGAACAUUACGAAAGUUUAAAAAGUAGGAAAGCGAAAUGAUCAAAAUUGUGAUAACGCUUGACUGUUAAUGCAAAGUUAUGGAUAUAGAGAAUAUGUGCAGUCAAUCUAAUAAAUUUAUAUCUCUAAACUGCGAAUCAAAUUGAAUUUUAUUUAGAAAACACACUUUUUACACUCGUGUUGAUAUUUAACAUACAGGAGCGAGUAGUAUACUUACACGAUUAAUGUGCAGAGUGGGAUAGCGAAUCGGAUACUUUCUUACUUACCUUUACGAGUGCUUCGUAAUUUCUUGACCCUUUUCUCCGAAUCUCUCUGUGCAUAGAACACGCUAAGUACCUUAAAAUUUCUCACGGCGGAGUGUAAUAUUUUUAAUUGGAAUAUAAAUCCCCGUAAUGGGACGCGGAACACUUUCGACACUCUCGGGCUCGGAGCGGGCAAGCUCGAAGUGGGUUUUGAAAUUGAAACGAAACGAGGCAGCUGAAAGAAAUGCCAGUUUCACCUGGAAAACGUGUUUCGCGUUUCCGCACGUAAGGGUAAAUGGAAAGUAAGGGAGGUAAGGGGGGGGGGGGGGGGGUAGCGGGCCAGGACUCGAAGACGGAUGUGAAUAAUAGAAAGAAAAAAGAGUUAGCAAGUUUCGAAAGCGCUUUUCUAUAGACUGCAGAGACAAUCCUUCGCGUUGGAAAGAGCCUUAUGCGAACGUCUAGACUUUCUGGGUCCACGGGAAAUUUUCGCAGACGCGAACAUUACUUUUUACGACUGUGGCACCCAAGAGACGAGCCGUAUCCACGAGGCACGCUCUUGGGUGCUUCAUAUUUCAUACUCUGUUGCUUUCGACACCCGUUACUCUCUGGACCAACUAGUUCUUACGGUUGCAAAUGAAAAUAGAUGUUACACGCGUUUCUGCAGCAAUGAAUACAAGAACACACGAUAUUCGUGAAUGUUUAAUCUUCUGAACCUUCUGAAGAAGUUGAAGGAACGUGAAAUUUAAAAGCAAUUAGGAGGCUUAUUAAAUAAUAUCUCUUUUAUUUUUAAUAUUAAGUGUUUAUUACAUACAAGCGUUUAUACAAUACGAAGUAUUUUUAGACAUGACUGAUGAUAUUUAGCGUUCUCAGUAUUUGUAUUGUUUAGAAACAUUCUUUCGUAUGUAUUGAGGUUACAAUUAUUGUUAUUAUUAUUAUAGUUAUUAUUAAUUACGUGUCCUUAUAGAAUAGUUUUAGUUAGACCGAAUAGAGUAGUUUGAAUAAAUAAACACGAUACAUAGUCAUUGCAUA